AUGGCGGAACGCAUCUUGAUGAACGAAUUCAAGACCCUUCACAAGGAGAAGUGGGUUCACAUCCAGUUGCACAAUGACGACAUCUUUAACUGGGAUGUUGCUUUGAUCGUGAUGAACCCGGACUCAUUGUACUACGGUGGCUAUUUUAAAGCCUCAAUGACAUUCCCGUCCGACUACCCUUAUGCUCCACCAAAGUUUCGUUUCCUGAAACCUCUCUACCAUCCGAACAUCUACCCCAGCGGUAAGCUAUGCAUUUCCAUCCUUCAUACGCCUGGCGAGGAUGAAAUGUCCGGCGAGCUUGCCUCUGAGCGCUGGUCCCCUGCCCAGCGUGUCGAGUCGGUCCUGAUCUCCAUUAUCUCUCUGCUUGACGAUGCCGAGCCUGCCUCCCCCGCAAACAUCGACGCUGCCGUCUUGCUUCGAAACGAACCGGAGGUCUACCGUCAGCGUGUUAAGUCCGAUGUCGAGAAAUCUAAGAUGGAUAUUCCUGCCGGUUUCGAGAUGCCCGCACACGAUACUCCUGCCCCCGAGCCGCCUGUGGAGAAGGAAGACCACGACUUCUGGGCCGAUAGUGAUGCCGACAGCGAUGAGUUUGGUGGCAGUGACUCUGACGAAACACUCGACAUGCAACAGUCUAGCGGCAGUGAUAUGGAUAUGGACGAGGACGAGUUCGAAUCGGCCAACGAGGAUUUCACAGAGACGGACAAGGUGUAA